GCAGACUUCCAUCUUUGGCUUGUAGCUGUAAGGUUGCAUUUUACUUGGUCCCUUCUCUGACGUAAGCCAUACUACUUCCAGUACAGGGAACAGAAUGCCUUGUACUUUGUUGUUGGUACAUUUUUUAUUCUUCAUUACUUUUUCUGUUUAUGUGCAACAUGUUGUUUCCAGUAUCCAUCGUAGAUUUGAGUACAAAUACAGUUUCAAAGGACCACAUUUAACUUAUCAACAGGGAGGAAUCCCUUUCUGGAGCCAUUAUGGAGACGUCAUUCCCAGCACAGAUCAAGUUCGAGUGGCUCCGUCCCUGCGAAGUCAGCGAGGGUCAUUGUGGACAAGCUACAAUGCAUCAUUUGAGAACUGGGAAGUGGAGAUGGCCUUUAGUAUAUCUGGAAUGCUGAGAAUUGGUGCAGAUGGUCUGGCUAUAUGGUUUACUAAGGAACGUGGACCAAAUGGACCUGUUUACGGUGCUGCAGACAACUGGGAUGGUGUUGGAAUUUUCUUUGACACAUAUGACAAUGAUGACAAUGGAAAUAAUCCAAUAGUUCUUGUGGUUGGAAACAAUGGCAGGCUCACCUAUAACCAUCUCAAUGAUGGUGCCACUCAGUCUCUUGGAUCCUGUAUAAGAGAUUUCCGGAACAGACAUUACCCUGUCAGAGCUCGUAUUACCUACUAUAAAAAGACUCUGAGUGUUGCUGUGAAUCCAGGCUUAGCUGACACAGAAUAUGCAUAUGAGAGCUGUGCAGUCGUUAAUGACAUGAUUCUUCCCAAAGUUGGCUAUUUUGGUGUGUCAGCAGCAACUGGAAGUUUAGCUGAUGACCACGAUGUGCUGUCCUUUCUAACAUUUAGUCUGCGAGAACCUGGGGCAGAGUCUGACAAAAAGCAAAUCUCAGAUUCUGAAAGGGAUGCAUUUCAGAAAGAAUAUGAACAGUUUCAGAAGGAACUUGAAAAAAGAAAAGAAGAUUAUCAGAAAGACCACCCGACUGUUUCAACACCAAAAGAAGAUGAGUUCUAUGAGACUGACAGGCAGAGGGAGUUGGAGAUGGUUUCCAAAGGACAAGACCAAAUUCAGCAGGAGCUGAAUCAUCUCACAGAGCGUCUAAAAAUGAUGUGGGGGGAGCAGAAGAGGCAUUCUGAUAUACUCAAUCGUUCAAAUAAAGAGGAAAGUCAGACUACAGUAAAAGAAGGCCCUACAAUGGCCAAGAGUAACCUUGAUAAUGUGCUGAAAAUUCAAAAGCAUUUAGUGCAGACCCUUGAAGAAAUGAGGUCAAGUGUAUCAGAAAUUGCAUCUAAAGCAAAGCUUAUCCACCAGUCUUCCAGUGGGUCUUCCAAUGCUGAAAGCAAAGUCACCGAGAUCAAAGAGCAUGUCUCCAUUGUGAAGAGGGAGAUGAACAACCUCUUGAAAAAUACGGUUAGUGGUCCCAACACCCGAUGCCCAGGUAUUCCAUCUUCUCCAUCAUGCAUUUCUACAGGGCAUUUUUUGGUCUUCGUGAUCCUUCAGACUGUAUUUGCUAUGUAUUAUUUAAUAUACAGGAGCAAAAAGGAAUCUGAAUCCAAAAAAUUCUUCUAAUGGACACAACCAGUGCAGAUGCAGAUGUAUUGCCUUAUCUACUGUAUAACUACACUGUGGCAACCCCACACCACCAGAACUGUAAAAUAAACAUUUUAUGUUUUUUAAUGUUA